GCGCUGGGCCGCCGGCUUAGUUCUCCUGGCGGUUGGGAGAAAGAUGUAAAUGUGAAUGGGAGCUGCUGUCUUAUACUCGUACGUUGCUCACCUUUAUCAUAAACCAACGUGCCUGUGUUAUGAGAGGCAAAAAAAGGAAAACUGGGCAAGAUUUUUUUUCUUUAGAAGAUGAGCUUGACGUCCUGUAGUUUUGUUGGAGAGAUGUGUUAAGUGUCCAGAUGAUUGAAUGUACCAAAGGAAAUGUUGGCUUGUGAGCAGUGCAGCUGCCAUGGAGGUCUGUGAAUAAGAACAGGGAUGCAGCACGGCAACCAGGGAAUGCAUGGGGAAUAUUGAAACAGCACAUAAAGAACCUCCAAUGCUUGUUAGUGUGAGCAGUGGAAAAGGGACAACUACCAUGGUAACGCUAAUCACAGAAAAAUUGCAGAAUCAGAGCCUGGAGGAUAUCACUUGCAAGGCCUACAGUAUUAAUCUGCACUCAACUGAGAAACUGAAUGAAAGUGGCAGCUUGUUUCCAUACGAAAUCGAUGAAGAAAGUCCAUGGACACUUGUAAACAGGACUUGUCCAACUAAAGCUGAGACGAACCGCAAUGUGGCUUUUCCUUUUUCAACAUGUACGUUUAACCAUGGCCUAGCUGACCACGUUGGGUUACAAUGGCAGAUCAACACAAAUAAAACCUCUGUCUCCGGCUGGAUCAGCGAGUUGAAUCUCAAUGAGAACUCGAGCACUCCCUUGGCGCCCCCCACAAAACGACACUGCAGGUCUCUUUCGGAGCCUGAUGAAUUGUCCCGGUGCCGGUCUCCAUGGAAACCCUGCAGUUCCAAGGUCUGGACUCCUGUGUCAAAGCGGCGGUGCAACAGCGGUGGCAGUGCAACCUUACAGCGCUGCAACAGCCAUGGAAGUGCCACAUUGCAGAGAAGCACAAGCAUCAAUAUGCUCCAACAUACCAGUAAACACACAUUAUCGCUCAACAACAGUAUAUUUAAUAUCACCAGCUUCAAUACUUCACCAGUUCCAAGGCCCUCAUCUGCCAGCAGUGGAUUUGUAGACAGUAGUGAGGGAAGCACAUCAAGUGUCCGUUGGAACUCUGCUGGACCAUUUGAUUUUAACCCAAGGCGGCGGCUGUCACUUUCACAGGAGCACAUUACAGAGACAACGAAUCUCUUGCCUUCAGCAAACAGCACUCCCACCUCCACACCAGAGCUGAGCCGUCGACAGGGAUUGCUGCGGUGCCGCUCACAGCCUUGUGUGCUGAAUGAAAGGAAAUGUGGGCUAAAGCGCAGGCGGGAGGAAGAUGUCAGGUGGACACGCCCCUCUUUGGACUUCCUAAAGAUGACUAGGGAUAUUAAUGGUGAUUCUGCAACCAAGCAGCCAAGAUUGGGGAUCCUUGUCAGCAAUUUCAAUUUUCUACUUGAUCUUGAGAUGGGAAACCAUAAUUACAUUGACAUUAAAGAACUCAAAAAGCCUUUGCUCACUUGACUAUGAAGAUGAUGAUGAGGAUGAAGAUGAUCACCAUAUGAAGACUAUUGUGUCCUCACCAUGUGACUCAAAUGAUCUGUUAAUGAAUAUCAUCACUCCUGGCUCCAGUCCAGUCAAAGAGCGCGACUCUGCAAGAUAUGUCUCUGGGAGCCACGAUGGCUGCCAUCCAAGGAAUUAUGGGAAAGAAGUCACUGUGAGUGAAAGUGAAGAAGAUACAAGUGAUUGUGAAAGCACUGAAGAAGGAAUAUUUCGGCUGGACUGUGGCGAUCUGGAUCUAGAACAAAUAGAAAACAACUAAAUGCUGCAACAAUGUUCCAGAUAACUGGUUGUUUUUAUACUUUUUGUUGUGGUAGAGGAUUACCUUUGCAUAACUCAUGUCCAUUGAAAGAAAAUUCUAUUGGUUAUUUUGGGAUGCUUGAAGGUUUUUUGUGCAAAGCAUCAGUAGUCCAUGUCAUGUGUGCACAGGUGGUGGUAGAGAAGGUUCAGCAACUUUAUCUUAGAUACACAAGGUUGCCAAUUUUUCGGGUUUGAGAAAUGUUCUGGAGGAAGAGAUUUUCUAUAAAUCCAUCUCCGUUGAGGAUGUUUUGCAACCUGUUGCUUUUGAAAAUGGUGAGAAAAACUGACCUCUGCAAGGAAAUGAAUUUUUUUUAAAAGGGCAUUCUACAUUAAACUAUACAGGUUUAACUACAGUGGUGUCGGUGCGGGUAUAGUGCUGCUUUUUGUGGGGGGAGAAAAGUCAGUGUUUCAACAAAAAAAAUUGACGUUUUACUUUUUAAAAGAGAAAACUAAUGGAUUUGAUAAACCCGAAAUGGCCAAAUAGACACAAUGGACAUCUCUUACUCCGGUCACAAGAAUGUAAUAAGCACUUGAGCUUUGGAAAGAGACUGUGAUUGCCUGUUGUGAUCGAUUUCCCAGGAUUCAAACCCCUCAGCAAUAUUAGAAGGAAGACUUAUAUAGUCUUUAAAUAAAAUAAAAUGGAUUUUUGCUUUGCA